AUGAAGGUUACAGGAGUUUCCAUUGAAAGGAAAAUCAGCCAGUGGAGUAACUAUCACAAAAAUAUCGUCUCAUGCAAAUUAGGAGAUUCCGCAGGCGAAAUUGCUAAUAACACGGAAAUAAUUACAGUGGAUACAAAGUCGCUGACAAUGGCAGUUAAAGGUUAUGCAACAA